AUGGGCGCCGGCGCGUCGACGGCCGUCGCCGAGCCGACGUACCGCGACGCGAGCCACAUGAGCGUGCCGACCUUCGAAGAGACGCGGGACCACGUGCUGCGGUCCAUGGAGGUCGAGCGGGCGGCGGCGUCCCCGCCCGGCGUCCACGUCGUCAUCGACGGCAUGAACGUGGCGCUGGGCAACGUGCCGUCCUACGAGACGGACGCGUCGGCGAUCCGCGCCGCGGAGCUCCGGGGCCUCCAGCUCGCCGUCGAGUACUGGGCGACCGCGGGCGUGGGCUUCAAGAUCUUCGCCCCGCGGGGCUGGAUCGACGACCACCCCGAGGUCGCCGAGCUGCAGCGGGCGUCGCUGCUCUUCGCGACGCCGGGCGGCCGCGACGACCACUUUUUGAUUCAGCACGCGGACGUCCACGGGUCGUUCGUCGUGUCCAACGACCGCUUCCUGGACCACGUCCGCGACCGGGGCUACGACGGCCGCUGGCUCGACUACCACCGCGUGCCCUUCAUGUUCGACCCGUCCUUCGCGCCGGACCCGGACGCGCUCCUCCGCAUGCGCGCGUUCCACGACGGAACCGCGCCGGACUUCGCGCUCGCGACGCGCGCGCGCGCGCGCGCGCCGCCGGCGGCCGCCGCGGCCGCGCCGCCGCCGCGGACGCGCGCGCCGGCGGCGCCGACGGCGGACGUCGCGCCCGGCCCGCGGACCGCGCAGGCGCUCGCGCUCUUCGGGGCGCGCGACGGGACGUGCCUCGCGCUCGUGUCCGAGGUCGCGGCCGCCGCGGCGCCCGGGGCGCUGACGACGCCCGUCGGCGACGACGCGGAGCGCCUGGUCGUGCCGCGGCAGGCCGUGGGCCGCGUCAUCGGGAAGCGCGGCGCGACGAUCCAGGGCAUCGAGCGCAACUCCGGCGCGCGCGUCCGCGUCGACGACGGCGGCGACCGGUCGUCCGACAUCGCCGGCAUCCUCAUCGCCGGGGCGCCGGACCAGCGCGCCCAGGCCGUCGAGGCCAUCACGGACAUCGUCUCCCGGAGCCGCUACCCGCCGCCGCGGAAGGACGCCAUGGACCUCAUGGCAGCGCUCUACUUCGGGGCCCUGCGCACAGUGGCAGCGCUCUUCAUCGCCUCGCUGUUGUGGGGCGCGGCGGCGGCCGCCGGCGGCGCGUUCUGCGUUCUCGAAAAGGCGCCGUACUGCUGGGGCAACUGGAAAGUGCUCGCCUCGAGCUCGUCGACGCUGCUCAGCGGGCUGACAACAAAGGCCGCCGGCGAGUACGGCGGCAAGGUCGCGUUCGGCGACGUCGACGGCGACGGCAUCGACGAGCUCGUGCUCGUGAGCGACAGCUCCAUGAUUGUCUACGCGCACGACGCGUCGACGACGGCGUCGCCGACGCCGCGGCCGACGACGCCGCGGCCGACGACGUCGCGUCCGACGGCCUGCCUCCCGUCGACGCUGUACCUCACGUUCAGCGGCCGCAGCUACUUGAACGGUCGAACGGUCGCCGGCUUCGACGCUCGCUAG